GCAUAUUCUUCCCUUGAAGCCUCCAUUGAUGAAUAAUAAACACAGUCAGCAGGACCAGUGUAAACAAGCACACCUGGGAGCAGGUGGGUGUCUGCGAGAAGGUAGACAGAAAGGUAGAAAAUAAAUAAACAGCAGACGAGGAAAGAGUGACGCAGCAGAGAACAAAGACGAGUAGGAGGAAGAGAGAAAGGAAGAGAAACGAGCCGACGUGAAGGUGACAACAGCAGACAUAAUAGGCGCACCUCUAAAAAUCUGAUGACAAAGUCUGCAGCUGGUGAUUAUUGAGCAUGGGAGCGAGCCUAUUCUUUGCAAUUCAGUUGAUUCUGAUGGCUCACCAGACUUUCCUUCUCCCCCUGAAUGAAGGGUGCCGCAUUUGUGAACCAGGAUCUUACCAAGCGAGCUGUUCAACAUGUGCACCAUGCCCCCCUGCCACUUACACCAAGAUUAUAAACAAGGAAACACAGUGCCACCCCUGCAGUAGGGACUGCAAACCUGAAUUCAACAUGGAGGUGAUUGAAGCUUGCAGUAGCAAGUCUAACGUGAGAUGUCGCUGCAUGGCUGGGUUCACAUGCACAAAGACAGACAGCGGUAUCUGUUCACGCUGUGGAAAGGAAUUUACUCCAACUACAGUAAAAAUACCUGAUCAAAUCACAAUGACCAAGACAUGUGAGAAGGGCUCUUAUUUUAGUGACAAGCACUGUAAGAAGCACAAAAACUGUACCGCUGAUGGACUUGAAGUGCAGACACCAGGCAACACCACCCACGACACAAUCUGCAAGCAACCAUCUUCUCUGGCAUCAGAGGAAGCAGCUAUGCAGUGGCAGUUGCCCCUGGUGGUGAUUUGCGUCGCAGUCUUUGCCUUUCUCGUUCUAUUUGCUCUCUCAUACAGUCACAGAGAGGGAGAAGGUGCCUGUCUUAAGCAAUUGCUGAAGAAUUGCUUUCCAGGCAGUGAUAAAGCAGCCAUGAACGAAGCUGCACUCCAUAAACCCAAGGGGCCAGUGGCAACAGGGAACUAUCAAGACACUCAUUCUGAUUCCCUGCCGUCAGCCAAUUACAACAGCCCUGCCUCAUCUCAGCCAGGAACUCUGGGUCCUCUCUACAUCAACCAUCCAAGCACCGUCUUUGUCAGCCUACUGAAUCAGUUUGGCUUAGGGGGAGGAGGAGAAGGAGGUGCAGGAGGAGGUGGCCGUGAGGAGGAGCGGUACUCUCCCAACCCAAGACCUGAUGGAGAUGAAACUCACUCUCCUCCUUCUCCCAUCCCUCUGUCCACAGAAGAACGGAGCCGGGAGGAGGAGACCUCUGUUCCCUCUCAGGAGCAAGGGAAAGAGAGUCAUAUGUCUAAAGAGGAAGAGCUCUGAUGAUGGAAGUCAGGGUGGGAGGACAGAGAGAAACAGCCACACAGACACAGGCAGAGAGAGAGAGAGAGAGAGAGAGAGAGAGAAACACAGAGGGAUAGUUGCAGAAACAUCUAAACAGCGAACAUUUACCUGGUGCUCACAAUUCUACAAAAACAGGUUUGACAUUUUGUUGUCAUCUGUCCCUUUAAUGCUCUCUGAGAUAGUGAUCUUACAUGGAUACAUUUCACUGGUGCGCCUACAAUUUCCUCUCAACCUUUUUGGUCACUUCCUCUGAUAUCUAUCUUCCUUCACUAAAAAUAGAUGUUCACUAACAGGCUGUGGGCAAGUGAGUUAGUUAGACAGUGUCAGAAUAGCCUCCCGUCUGCCAAUCACGUUAUUGACAUCACUCAGUGACCAGCACUUCAGGCCAUACUUCUGCAGUCUGAGACAGAAGACCCUUUUUUUGCUGAUGUGUUGAUCGAUGAUGAUUUCAACACAAGGACCAAAGGCCGGAGACCACAGGUAUCACUAGGACUAUUGUCUACACUUUGUUACUACUCUCUUAAAACAAAUGUGUUAAAAAACAGCGCAAUGUGCAUUGUUUUAACAUGUCUCUGUGUCCAGAUUGGGACAACACAUUUGUUUUAAGAGUAUAUAAUGAUAAUAAUAUCAUAAGUGAAGGUUGCUUUAUUUAUUCUGUUUUAGUGCCAAUCUCCCAGAUUUCUCCCAGCACUGUAAAUAACCCUCAGAUACUCUUGUACAGGUUGGCAAUAGUUUCAUUCCAGUAUAUGCUUGUCUCUAUGGAUCUAAGGAAGCUUGCUUAUAUAUGUACUUUAUAUGGAAGUGCAAUAACUUAAUAAAGCGAUUUAUUUUAA